UUCGCAACAGAACGACCAUCAUCACAGCAUCACGGGCGGCCGUUGAUGGCGACCACAGCGUUGACAUCCAACUUUUCCUGCCGUGAAGGCGAAGUGGCACAGCGAGUGCUGGAUGGUCCAGCGAAGACCAGCGCCCACUUCCUGCGGGGAGACGAACUUCCUUUGCAUGUACUUCGCACGGGUCAUCUUGCUGGGAAGGUCCUAUGGUUCUUGAGGGUCUCGGAGGUGGCAAACGCCAUGGCCGUGCAACGUGCCAUGGAGUUUCCUUGCCGGGCAGUGCUCGGUGCCCAGCGGCCAGUGCUUCAUGUCUUGGGAGGUCACGAUGGGCGAAGCUUGUCCAGCCAUUGUUGGAGAAUGGACCCCAGCACAGGCAACUGGCAGGAGGUCGCUCCUUUGCCAAGCGCUCGUAGCAUGGCCACGGCUGCGGCAGUGGGAGGAAGGCUCUAUGUGGUGGGUGGAUUUGAUGGUGACUUCCUGGCGAACAUGGAGGUUUUCGACCCUGCCUGGAACGAAUGGUCACCUGGGCCUCCCAUGUCGCAAAGGAGAGGCGGCCUUGGCUUGGUAGCCUUACGUGGGCAUCUCUUUGCCUGUGGAGGUCGCGAUGGCGAUAUCUACCACUCCUCAGCCGAGUGCUUUCAGCUACCUGAGGCUGCGGAACCUUCAGACGGCCGAUGGCACCCUUUGCCAGCACUGUUGCGACCACGUUGCUACCCUGCUGCUGUACGUUUUGCUGAAGGGGUUUGGUUGUGUGGCGGUCUCACCAGGUCCUCCAACGGUACUGGGGGCUACUUGGCCUCCACCGAGUGUUUGGCGCUGGAUGCCACCAGCUGGUGCAGAGGCCCACAGCUGCUGGGGCCACGUGCCUCAGCGGUGGCGGCGGAGUUGAGGAUUGGGCUCGUCGUUUGCGGCGGCUGCGCCAAAGAGGGCCCAUUCGACACUGCUGAAGUGCUGGCCAGCAGCAGCAGCCCAAGCUUCCAGGCGCUUCCGAAGCUCCAUGGCUUCCGCAAUCUCCCCGCGGCGGCCAUGGUGAUGUCGCCGUCCUGUGCACCAGGUGAUUUUUUCCGGCAGAGGCUGUUGAUCUUCGGCGGCUUCAGCGGCAAGAAGCACCUGAAGACAGUGGAGGCUUUCAAUGAGGAGACAUGUUCUUGGGAGCUGGUGGGUGAUCUGCCAGAACCAAUUUUGGCCGCUGCCGCAACAGCAGUGUGCAUGCCACUGAGCUAGUCACGGAUCCGUGGAUCUUGAUUUUCCCUUUCAGAGGCAUGGGCAAAUGACAGGUGUAACAUGGUUUAACGGUG